AUGAUCUCAAGGAUUAUCCUCGUCGCGUCCCUGGCGACAGUCGUUAGAUCCUCUCAGCCUGGAGCUCCUGCGCCGGUCGCUGCUCCGAUGAGAGAUCUCGAAUGGGGACAGAUCAAUUUCAUCCAUACUACAGAUAUCCACGGCUGGCUUGGUGGUCAUUUACAAGAACCGCAAUAUUCAGCCGACUGGGGUGACUACAUUUCAUUUACGAGUCAUAUGAAAAAGAAGGCCGAUGAAAAGGGCGUAGAUUUACUGGUCAUCGAUACGGGUGAUAGGAUCGAAGGAAACGGCUUAUACGACGCUUCCAAUCCGAAAGGCAAAUACUCCUACGACAUCUUCGGCGAACAAACUGUUGAUGCCCUCUGUACCGGGAAUCACGAGUUAUACCACGAAGACUCGGUCGCGCGAGAGCACAAUACGACCGUUCCGAAAUUCAAGCACUCCUAUAUCGCCUCCAACCUCGAUUACAUCGAGCCCGAGACCGGCAACCAGAUUCCACAGGCCCAGCGCUACAUCAAGUUCACUACCAAGAACCUCGGCUACAAUGUCGUCGCUUUGGGGUUCCUGUUCAAUUUUGAUCGUAAUGCGAACAACAGCGUCGUACAACCUGUCGAAGAGACUAUGAAGGAGGAAUGGUUCCAGAACGCUAUAAGAGAAAAGCCCGAUCUAUUCCUCGUUGUUGGCCACGUCGGCUUGCGCAUGAAGGAAUUCGAGCAGAUCUUCAAAGUUAUCAGAGACCAGAACUGGUACACUCCUAUCGCAUUCCUUGGUGGUCACGCCCACGUACGAGAUGCGAGGAAGUUUGAUGACAAGGCAUACGCAAUUGCCAGCGGUCGAUAUUUCGAAACUAUCGGGUUCUUGUCUAUCGACGGCAUCAAGAAGAAGAGCGGAAGCGGUCCUUCGACCGAAGCAGCAACCGUCACCUUCAAGAGGCGCUACAUCGACAACAACCUAUUCGGUCUACACUACCACACCGGCCUAAACGAAACUACUUUCCCUACCGAACACGGCCGCAAUGUCUCUAGACUCAUCGCCGAGGGUCGCAAAACCCUCAACCUCGACGACUCAUUCGGUUGUGCUCCGCAAGACCUGUGGAUGAGCCGUUCUCCCUACCCUAGCGACUCUAGCAUAUUUAGCUGGCUCGAGACGCAAGUCAUCCCCGGCACCAUCGUCAACGAAGAGAGGAAGGACGUCCCGCGCCUGGCUAUUGUCAACACGGGGGCUAUUCGUUUUGAUAUCUUCAAGGGCGCGUUCACCAAGGACUCAACGUACCUUAUUUCGCCCUUCAUCAGCAGGUUCAACUACAUUCCCGACGUGCCCUACACCAUCGCUAGCAAGGUCCUCGAACUACUUAAUAGCGGCGGUCAGGUAUUUAGCGGCGCCCUCGACACCAAGUAUCUGACAAUCCCUGAGCAAGUAGUUCCGCACAGUCCGUUCUUUGAGAUGGCGUCCGUAGCAACCGACGAUGAAAGCAAACUCUCAUUAUUCAUAGAGGAAGACACCCUGCAAAAACCGCUAUCAGCCGCCAACCGCUUGUCUAAACAAGAUGAGGGCAAAGGCGACGGCGACGACCCCGAGCUAGUAGGUGGCUAUACAACGCGCGACGACCUAGGCGACGACGGUGAUGAUGCCGUACACUCGCCCAUCAAGUUCUACGCCGUGCCCAACUGCAUCCAAUCUAAGAUCUCGUUCCCCACCCCCGGUAACGACACAAUACCUGCCCCGGACCCCGAAACCGUAGAUCUGGUCUUCAUCGACUACGUCCAGCCGUGGGUCAUCACCGCGCUUAAAUUCAGCGGUGGCGAUUACAGCAUCAGCGAUGUUAAGGUAUACUCGAACAGCACCCUGACGGAUCUUAUUGCGGGGUGGGUGAAAGAGCAUUGGGAGAAGAAUUGUUAG